AUGGGGGAGGGUCCGUGCGCCCCCSGCCCCGCGGCGCAGCUGCUGACGAUGCGCGCGGGCUUCCCCAGCCCSGGGUCUGCGGAGCUAGCCUGUUACCUAGCGACUCGCUCCGGGGAGCCCACGCUGACGCCAGCAGGUGGCGGCKACGUGGCCCGUGGAGGCCCGGCACCCAUAGGCCCUCGGAGACCCCUGCGGGAGCUCGGCAAAUGUGGCUAUGGGGCCAGAAAAGGUGUCAUGGAAGGGUUCCUAUUCGAGCCGGAUUACCCCCCGGACCCCGACCACCUGUGGAGGUGGAACAUGCUCUUGUUUGUGGACGAGACCUAUCGAACCUGGUUGCCCAUCAUCAUCAAGAUGGAGGGUAGCCUCCAGGUGCUCAUGCGCCAGGAAGACUACCCCUUGGAAAGCCCUCUGAGUCCCACUGAGAUGACUCCGAGCCUCCUGCCUGUGUUGUAUCAGCUGUACCCUGAAAGAAGAUACCGAGGCUCAGACUCCAGCCUCUGGCGCAUAGUGUACCACAUYGAGUACAACAAGGUAGAGGACAUGCUCCUGGAACAGCUGCCGGCCCCUGAAUGA